AGAGAGGAGGGAGCUUUCACUUUCUCACUAGAGGGGCGAGGAAGUGAUUUGGCCACUUGUGCACUGAGAAGUUCAGCGGAGUGGUUCUUCUUCUUCUUCUUCUUCUUCUUCUGUGACUGAUGGAGUUUUCUGAGCACAUUAAGACCGCCAAUGUGGAGGACGUGGUGCUCCGACAGCCGCUGCACCCGCCGAGCCGAGGCACCCUGUGCAUCACCGGGCACCACCUGCUCUUCUCGGACAGGGAGCAGGGCCGCUGUCGGCAGGUGUUGCUGCUCCUCAGGAACGUCGAUGCCAUCGAGAAAAGUGUGGAAAACCUUUUGGCCCACUCCGGCCCCUUCUGUACUGAAGGCCGCAGUCAAAGGAUGUCUGGAUCCUCAGGGACCAUUACCAUCAAGUGUAAAGAUCUGCGCGUGCUCCAGCUCGACAUCCCGGGCAUGGAGCAGUGUCUCAACAUCGCUCGCUCCAUCGAGACCCUGUCCUGUCUGGACGGUGUGUCGGAGACGUACCCUUUCUUCUACAGACCUUCUGAUGUCAGCCUGCAGGACCAGUGGGGCCUCUCGUCCCCCGAAAAGCACUACAGUCAAAUGAGGGAGCUUCAUGACAGGUGGAGGCUGAGCACCGUGAACAGGGACUACCGAGUGUGUCCCUCUUACCCUCCAGCUGUCAUCGUCCCCAAGCACGCCGGGGACGAAAUGCUGGAGAAGGCGGCCAAAUUCAGACAGGGCGGGCGCUUCCCCGUCCUCUGCUACUACCACAGGAAGAACGGCAUGGUCAUCAUGCGCAGCAGUCAGCCGCUGACGGGGGCCAACAGGAAGCGCUGCAGGGAGGACGAGCACCUCCUCCGGGCUGUGAUUGACGGCUCGGACAGAGGCUUCAUCAUCGACACUCGCUCCGGUCAGCAGGCGCUGCAGGCCCGGAUGACAGGCGGAGGGUUCGAGUCCGAGUCGUGCUACAGCAACUGGAAGAGACUUCACAGGCAGAUGGAGAGGGGUAAAGCACUGCAGGAGAGUCUCAUGAAACUGGUGAAGGCCUGCGGGGACCAGUCCCAUAAUAUGGACCGUUGGCUCAGUAAGCUUGAGAAUUCAAAGUGGCUGUCUCAUGUCCAAACGGCCCUGUCAACUGCUGGCCUGCUGGCAGAGUGUGUGGAGAGGGACGGUCAUUCGGUGCUGGUUCACGGCUCUGAAGGGACAGACUCCACUUUGCUCAUCAGCACUCUGGCUCAGCUCAUCAUGGACCCAUGUUCUCGCACACUGGAGGGCUUCCUGGCUCUGCUGGAGAGGGAGUGGAUACAGGCAGGACACCCGUUCCAGCAGCGAUGUGCCCACUCGGCGUACUCCCACGCCCGUCUCCAGCAGGAGUCCCCGGUCUUCCUGCUGCUGCUGGACUGUGUGUGGCAGCUGUGGUGUCAGUUCCCCCUGGCACUGGGCUUCUCAGAGGCGCUGCUCCUGAGGCUGGCGACUGAGGCCUACGCGUCUGACUACGGCACCUUCCUGUGUAACAGCCAUCAGGAGAGGUGCGCUCUGGGAGUGAAGGACAACACUUACUGUUUGUUCCGGGGCCUGUUGAGGCCCAGAGAGAGGGACAGCUACUCUAACCCCCUGUAUGAGCCCACCGAGCUAGCGAUCUGGCCCUCGGUCCACCCCCAGGCCCUACAGCUUUGGAGAGGGUUUUUUCUGAGGUGGACCCCACAGGUUCGUCACCUUGAAGAGGCUCAGGAGGACAUAAGGAACAUGGUAACUGAGUGGGGGAAGCUGGCGCUCAGCUGAUGCCCUGAAAGUACACGAAGAAGGAAAGAUGUUCAGCCGGAACAUGUCGAACAUGUUCUAAGGAGGGACACUACCAAAAGACUUUUGACUGUGGACAUGUUAUGGUUUGUUAGUGUUUGACAACCUACUGUGUUUUAAUGUACACCACGUUUUGUAUUCUUUCAUAAAAAUAUUAUAAGAAACAUUGUUUUUAUUUGAGGAUGUAACCCCC